AUGGCUUCCACUUUCGCAGCAAUCCUCCCAUCUCUCUCCCUAAUCAUGCUUCUAUCCCUCUCCCACCUCCAAGCAGCAACCCCUCCUCCUCCUCCUCAUCCUCGGCCGGCGCCCGUCCUUCCGACGUCCGCGAGGGACUUCCUCGCCGCCCACAACGCCGCCAGGGCGGCGGUGGGAGUCCCUCCCCUGACCUGGAGCCCGAAGCUGUCCGCCGCCGCGGUCAGGACGGCCAGGCUCCAGGCCAGGUGCCAGUUUGCCAACCUGACCGGCAGCCAGUACGGCGCCAACCAGAUGUGGUCGAGCGGCGGCGGCGCUGCGGCCCCUGCGCCACGCGCGGUGGUGGGGAAGUGGGUGGCGGAGGGGAAGUACUACGACCACCGCAGCAACACGUGCGCGUCGGGCCACAUGUGCGGUGUGUACACGCAGGUGGUGUGGAGGAAGUCAGGGCAGCUGGGGUGCGGCUCCGCCACGUGUGUGAAGGACAAGGCCAGCCUCACCAUCUGCUUCUACGAUCCCCCUGGAAAUUACGUUGGCGAGAGCCCUUAUUGA